AUGAAGUUAUUCUUUUCUUGCCAAAAUUAUCGUUUUGCAUUAAAUGUCAGCCAAACUGAUACCGUGGGCUCGGUGAUGGAACGAUUACGUGAGAAAGCUUCCAUCAUAUUCGAUGAUAGCAGCAAUACACGAUUAGUACCUUAUUAUGCCGGCUCGUAUUUACAGAAAGAAUGGCCGAUCAUGGAUAUUGGUAUACCGCAAGGUUCAACCAUUCGAUGUUAUUUACGCCAAGAGUUAAAACCUUCUCUCUACGUUUAUUGCAAUUUUAACAGGCAGCUGAUUGAUAUUAAUGAGCCAUUAAAUGUGCCGCAAACUCCAGUCCAUCAAUUACGAUCGAUUAUUACCGAUCUAACGGGUUUGCCGCUAAGUUGUUAUUGUUUAAUUUCACCUUAUCGACGGGUUAUGAACGAUUCCGAUAAAUUAUUAGAUCAUCUUGUUGAUGAAGGCAUGACUGUCCGUUUAGAAACGAUUAAAGGUUUAGAUGAAUUCUUUCACGCAGCUUGUGCUGGCAAA